GGUCACAAGAGCCUGUGCGCUAAUACAGACAGGCCUCAGGAGAGGUAGAUCCACCGUCCCUAUGUGAGAGCUUUAUUGUGAGUCAUUGAGGAAAUGAUUAGAGAGACUCUAAGCAUUGUUUCUGAAUGUUCACUAUCUUCAAGAGACAUCAAACAGGAGUCUGGAAAGCUAUUGGGAUGUAGAGGGUUCCUGAUAAAAAGUCCAUAAACUUAUGUGUAUAUAUAAUAUCUGAGCAAAAAUCAAUCCUGACAUGUCAUCUAGUUUUGCCUUCCAGUUUACGCUGUGUGCACUUAUUAUUCUCCAAGUGCACAGUGAUAUGACAACUGUAAAUGAGAUCCUGGGUGGUUUUGUUACAUUUCACCUCGAUUAUCCUGACUUUGAAAACCCUGCUUACAUCACCUGGAAGAAGGGGAAUACGUCGUUACAUAACAGGACAUAUCCUAGGUUAACUAUCUCUUCUAAUGGAACCUUGGCACUUAAGAAUAUAGAGAAAAAGGAUGAAGGACAAUACACAGUGAGUGUGUAUAACAUAACUGGAAAUCUUGUCUACCAAAGAAUUUUUCAACUAUACAUACACGAGCCAACCCAAAUCUCAGCUGUUCGUGUCUCCAGCCCCAGUGAUGAGAGAGAUGAUUUACUUUGUGGGAGGGCUAACCGUUCCGGUCUCCGCUUUCGUUGGACGCUGAAUGAACACCCGGUGGACCUGACUGAGACUGAGGAUGAUGGCAAGAGGAUUAUUUUGGCGAAAGAGGUGGCUGGAAAGCUUGACUGUCAGAUUCACCAUAAAAACAGCACCAAUGAGUGUUCUGUCAUAGAAGUGGAGUGUAAGGAAAGAGACCUGCUGCAGCAACCUUUGUUCCUUUACACCCUGGCAGCAUGUGGAGGGGGUGCAAUUGUCCUGGCUGUUAUAGCGUCACUGAUAACAUGCUGCUCUCUGAAAAGCAAACAGCAGUUCAUUCCGGUGCCUUCAGAGGAGGAAAAGGAAGAGGGAAUGACGAUGUCAGUCAUCUCCAAUGAAGGAACAAAGAGCCCUCCAAAUGGAGACCACCAUGAGGCACCAUCUGCCCCAGAUGACAGCCCUCCAAACCCUGAAAGCACAGAGACCUGUCAAGGCCUUGAGGCAGAGCCCAAGAUGGAGGCAGUGUCUGAGGUGACACCGGAUCCAGAGGUGGUUGUUGACAUCAACAAUGAGGAAUUUCUGUGCGACUCUUUCCCUGAUCCUAUUGAUCCCUGA